AUGUCGCGCGCUAUACAACGUCUUAUGAAAGAUUAUCGUAAGGCGGAAAAGUUGGUAGGGCGUUCAUCAAAUGAACCAUUUGCUGAUUUUGCUAAUGCAGCUUCAUUUACAACACAAACAUACGCACAAACAAUGGCACAAAUAAGACGUGAUCCAGAAUUAACUCAAGAUGAAAAAAAAUAUCUUGUGGCAGUUGAACGUGGUGAUAUGGCGACAACUCGUCGCUAUCUUGAUAUCGCCUCUCGACAAUCAACAGUUUUACUUGAUGAUGACAUAUCACAUACACCAAUCAAUAUUAAUUGUCUUGAUCCAUUAGGACGAAGUGCACUUUCAAUAGCAAUUGAAUAUGAAAAUAUUGAAAUGAUUGAAUUAUUACUUAGUUAUGAUGUUGAUACGGGUGAAGCAUUACUAUUUGCAAUUGAUGAACAAUUCGUUGAGGCUGUGGAAUUACUUCUUCAACAUGACGACCUAAAACAACAACAACAACAACAAACGCAACCGAGGAACACUAUCAGCGAAGAUAAUACUAGAUAUUCAAAUAAUACGGGCAUAAGUGAUAAAUCGAAUCCAUUAUUCACUUUGGCUCAAGAUGAAUUAGAAAAAGAGAAAAAAGAACAACCACCAACACAUGAUGUUUCUCAGAAGAAUCCGAAAUCUAAAUGGGCAUUUCUACUACAGGCAGUACGAAAAAAAGAGCAGCAGCAAUCGGUAGGCGUUCAUGCCCGUUAA